GAACUUCGCACGGCUGUCCAACCAGCCCAAAAUAUAUCUGCACCUGUCACAACACUAAACAAUCCCAGGCCCGAGGCAUACAUUGACCCAUUAGUAAAAGCAUAUAUUGAUGAGUCGAUCCGCUCAUCCACCACAUCAGUUAUCGCCCAGAUGACACAAAUCAAUAAUCAAACCAGUAGUGACACCAACACCAUAGAGCCAGGCAGUGGUGUAAUGUCAACAGAAUAUAUGACAUCAUUAUGA